AUGCAAAUUACUAGCAGUAUUAAAAAUCUACAGAAGGAAAACCUUAAACUAAAGGGAGAGAUUUCAGCUGUAAAUAGCGAACUCCAGAAGCUGAAAUCGAUCAUCGUGCAACAACGACUUCAAGCGGACAUCGAGCAGGUUGGAGACGCUGCAACAAGAUAUGGAAACAGUGUCCAAAAGAGUGUUGAUUUCUUAUGUGAGGACCAUCAUAUGACGAAAAACUUUCGAGAGGAAAUGUCGAAAGAACUUGACAAUCUAAGCCGUAAGCUUGAAGCGAUUUCUACAAGAGUUGACAGUUUGGAUGCCGCCAUUGAUGACUUACUGAAGUACAGCUUUCAGUAUAACGUCAAAAUUAUUGGCUUUCCUGAACAGGAUGAACACGAGUCUUCUGAAACCACCACGCAGUUGUGUUUAAAGCUUUUCCAUGCUAUCGGAGCCGAGGGAGUGACGAAAAACGACAUUGAUAUCGCUCAUAGAGUGAAUAGCCGAAGGGCUGACCGCCAUUACCCAAGACCUAUUGUGUGCAAGUUUAUAAGACGACUGGCCAAAGAAGAAGUCACGGCUCAUCGUAAUGAAACUUCCAACUUAAACCCUGAUGAUCUGGAUUUAUCUGCUGAUUUUCAUACGAGAAAUAUCCGAAUUCAUGAACACCUGAUCCCGAAAUUACAGCAACUUCUUAGCGAGACAAACAAAUUUAAAUCAACACAUCAAUUCCAGUACGUCUGGGUGAAGAACUCUGAGAUUCUGGCUCGUAAAUCUAGUAGUUCUCAGGUCUUCAAAUUAAAACGCAUGGCCGAUCUUGACAAUCUGAAACAAAGCUUGGUCAGUAAUCCAACUCAGGAUUAA